AUGUCCGAGACAGCGCGAACGGUGGCCCCAACGACUACGCUAGCGCACCCACUAGGCGAGGUCAUCCAUAUCCGCAUCAAUCUCCAAGGAUGCAAGGGUCCAUUCCCGAUGGGAUGCUCGUCCCAAGAUCCUUGCAACUCCUAUCGUAUACGCUUUGACUGGCUCUCGAUCUUCCGAGGCGAUCGCAUCUAUUCGUCGCCUCAACGCGAAGGCGAGAAGACCUUUCAGGGAACUGUGUACUGGAACGAUACGCUCUAUAUCGAAGACUGUUAUGAGCAUAGCUACAUAGCUAUCCACCUCAUCCACGACGAUAAGAUUGUGGGAUGGUACGAUCUCGGCGGGGAACUCAAUCCCGGCGCGUGUAUGACCACCACCGAGCUUCUCAAGGCGGAUAAAGUGUCGCUAUGGCCGUACCAGGACAAGCUACAAUCAGGUGUUUCAUACACGCUGUAUCUCACUGCUACCAGAGUUGCUGUGGACGACGCAGUGACAUUAUAUCACUCUCCGAGACGCGCCCUCAAUGCAAGCAAUGCGAGUCCCGCGUUGGCUGCAGGUCCGUGGACCGACAUCCUUCGUCGAUUGACGGCCUUCGUUGACACCGUGGGGAAGUUGAAGGUCAAGACCGUAAGCGGGCUUUGGGCGCAGAUGGACGCGUAUACGAUGUUCAAGACGAUUGCUUCACUAGACAGGCGCAAUCUUGAUCCUAACAUUGACAACGCCGUCACGACUAUGGUCAGAGCUAUGAGUGCCAUUGAACACGGGGUGGGCGCACGCGGGGAGUACUGUGAUAGGGGAGUUCUCGUGGAAACCGUGGUUCAGGUGCAUUGGGUGCUUGUCAAUGCCAUGGAUGUCGCGUUGCAAGAGAGAACCUAUGAUCCUCGACACGGGCAGGAGCUGUCAAGACUCACGAUCCUCAUCGCGACUCCCGGACCAGGCAUUGGAGCCAGAAGUACUUCGGCAGAUUCAAUUCUUCGAGGGAUCUCGGGUUAUAAAGCGAGGGACGCGCUCCUCUUCGCGUUGGAGGCUAUCGCGGAGGCAUCUGAUGCGUUUCCCCCGUUGAAGAGUGCAGCCAACGGAUUGCGCUUCCUGACCACGUACGCAGAUAUGGCUUCUAGCAAUGAGAAGCGUGUUCGCGACAUCUAUCAGCGCGUGGACGGGUUAGCAGCUGCUCUUAGACGGGGCUCGACCAGAGACGGCCCGGUAAUUCACGAACAUAGCGAUGCUAUUGAGGACCUGUCACGAGACAUCGCGGCGCUCAAUAAGGACCUCGAAUCCAUUGUGCGCGAGAGAAAGAAUCGCUUCAAGCGGUACUUCAGCGCGAAGCGGCAUCGCGAAGAGCUGCAGAACGUGAUGAUGCAGCUCGAGACAGCAAGAGCCAACUAUACAAUGGCAGUGGCAACGGUAACCGCGAUGACGACCGCACGCGUUCUUGCGCACGUCCAGACUUUGACGCUCGUUAUGGGAGUAAGCCCGUUGCCGAACCUCGAUAUGACCCGCACAGACGCUGUGACUUUCCCUUCAGGGAGGAGUCGGAUAGAAGAGGUCCGAGCGGGAGAUGCAAGCAUGGCGGAUGUGACAUGA